AUGAAGGGAGAAGCGAACUAUCUCAACCAGUGGAUCUUCUCACAGCUUUCCGUCUCGUCCGACAAGGAUGUUGUGGCAGCGCGCCCCCUAUUCCUGACCUCAUCUGUAUUCGGUGAAGAGGCUUAUGGCAGAUGCCUUCGUACUUUCAAGACCCGCCUGGGACUCGACGACGGUAUCAACUUGGCCCGGGGCGACCUUCGAUUCCUCGUCAAUGUCACAAUGAGCCCCUGGCCCACGAGUCCAGACUUUAUGAAGACUAUAGUCAAGGACUUCAGGGCAGUCGCGCUCGAAGGGAUCAAACGCUGCAUCAAGCGUAACAAGCUCAGUCCUGAUGUUCAUGGCUUCGUCAUGCAGGGCGUGGAUGAGAUCUACCUCACGCACAUCCCCAUGUUCAACAUGGCCAACCACCGCUGGCAACUGGUCAUCACGGGCAAUCUCCCCCCGGAUGUGGUGGAGUACUACAAGAAGCUGCGCAGCGAGAACCCAGGCGUGGUUUACACACUUGCCAACAUGGAGAAAGAGACUCUGGAGAACCUGCUCAAACCAGGCAGCAGCACCAAGUGGCGCCUGGACGUGGGGAUACCCCCGCCGGGCGCACCGCCGCUCAAGGACAACAUCGAGCUAAGCAACAUCAGGGUCAUAGUCAAGGAGUCCAUGUCUUACGCCGCCUUGGAGACGACAUACCCGGACAAGAUGCCGUUCUACCUGUACGGUAACAAGAACGAGGUGCACCUCGAUCACGUGCUGAAAGCCUAUCCCAACGCCCAGAUCAGCCACGAGCGGGUGACUCUUGACCUGGAGUCCGAUCUGAGCGAUGAGCAAUUAAGGAAGGGGGUAGUUGUCGUGUUGGACGAUGUGUUUGAGAACAGCAUCCAGCCUUUGCCCCUUGACAAUGACACCAACCGCGUCCUCCUCGAAUCGGCAGGCCUUUCCCUCACAAAGGGUGCUGUUCAUAGCGUGUCUGUAUACGAGAUGUAUGAGCAGUACAAGAAUGGCUCGGCGCCCAUCACUACGGGCAAGGUUACAAUCGGGGAGACUACUUUUGCCAACUGGCCUGCUGUCAACAUGGACCCUGCGGAUGAGGAGAAGGAGGAGGAACACAAACACAAGCACUGA